CGUACUAUCACAAUCCAGACACUCCAUCUUCCUCCAGCCAGGCAAAGGGACCAACCUUCGUUUUACAUCCACUGUAAUUUAAUAUAUUCCCGCUGACAUACACUAAACCAGACUUAAAGGACCACAGUCAUGACGGACUCCAAAUAUUUCACAACAAACAAAAAAGGGGAGAUCUUUGAACUGAAGGCAGAGCUGAACAAUGAGAAGAAGGAGAAGAGAAAAGAGGCAGUGAAGAAGGUCAUUGCAGCCAUGACUGUUGGCAAGGAUGUCAGUUCUUUGUUUCCAGAUGUGGUGAACUGCAUGCAGACUGACAACUUGGAACUGAAGAAGCUGGUUUACCUCUACUUAAUGAACUAUGCCAAGAGCCAACCUGACAUGGCCAUCAUGGCCGUCAACAGCUUUGUCAAGGACUGUGAGGACCCCAACCCUCUCAUCCGGGCUCUGGCCGUCCGCACCAUGGGCUGCAUCCGGGUGGACAAGAUCACAGAGUACCUGUGUGAGCCUCUGAGGAAGUGCCUGAAGGAUGAAGACCCGUAUGUGAGGAAGACGGCAGCUGUUUGUGUGGCGAAACUUCAUGACAUCAAUGCCCAGAUGGUGGAGGACCAGGGCUUCCUCGACUCUCUAAGAGAUCUCAUUGCUGACUCAAAUCCCAUGGUUGUGGCAAAUGCGGUUGCUGCCCUGUCGGAGAUCAGUGAGUCUCACCCCAAUAGCAACCUGCUUGACCUCAAUCCCCAGAACAUCAACAAGCUACUGACAGCCCUCAAUGAGUGCACAGAGUGGGGACAGAUCUUCAUCCUGGACUGUCUGUCCAACUAUAACCCCAAGGAUGAGCGCGAGGCCCAAAGCAUCUGUGAGCGUGUCACUCCCCGGCUGUCUCAUGCCAACUCAGCAGUGGUGUUGUCGGCUGUCAAGGUGCUGAUGAAGUUCUUAGAGCUGCUGCCCAAGGAAUCCGACUACUACAACACCUUGCUGAAGAAGUUAUCCCCACCACUGGUCACCUUGCUCUCCGGAGAGCCGGAGGUCCAGUAUGUGGCUCUGAGGAACAUCAACCUCAUUGUCCAGAAAAGGCCUGAGAUCCUGAAGCAGGAGAUCAAGGUGUUCUUUGUCAAGUACAACGACCCUAUCUAUGUGAAACUGGAGAAACUGGACAUCAUGAUCCGCUUGGCCUCUCAAGCCAACAUUGCCCAGGUCCUGGCUGAACUGAAGGAGUAUGCCACAGAGGUGGAUGUUGACUUUGUGCGCAAGGCUGUACGAGCCAUCGGACGUUGUGCCAUCAAAGUGGAGCAAUCAGCUGAGCGCUGUGUCAGCACCCUGCUGGACCUGAUCCAGACCAAGGUCAACUAUGUGGUUCAGGAGGCAAUUGUGGUCAUCAGGGACAUUUUCCGCAAGUACCCCAACAAGUAUGAAAGCAUCAUUGCCACGCUGUGUGAAAAUCUGGACUCUCUGGAUGAGCCCGAUGCUCGGGCUGCCAUGAUCUGGAUUGUUGGCGAGUAUGCAGAGAGGAUCGACAAUGCUGACGAGUUGCUAGAGAGCUUCCUUGAGGGUUUCCAUGAUGAGAGUACUCAGGUCCAGCUCACUCUGCUGACUGCCAUUGUGAAGCUGUUCCUUAAGAAGCCAUCAGAGACUCAGGAGUUGGUGCAGCAAGUCCUCAGCCUGGCCACUCAGGACUCUGACAACCCUGACCUUCGUGACAGGGGCUACAUUUAUUGGCGCCUUUUGUCAACUGACCCCGUGACUGCCAAGGAGGUGGUGUUGUCAGAAAAGCCCCUGAUCUCAGAGGAGACAGACCUGAUUGAGCCUACCCUGCUGGACGAGCUCAUCUGCCACAUUGGCUCUCUGGCCUCUGUCUAUCACAAACCCCCCAGUGCCUUUGUGGAGGGCAGCCACGGAAUCCACCGGAAACACCUCCCUGUCCAGCACAGCAGCAUUGAUACAGGUGAGAGCCCAGUGAGCAGUGGGCCAGCAGCUGCCAUGGACCAGCCACAUGUUAUCCCCAGCCAGGGUGACCUGCUGGGUGACCUGCUCAACCUGGACCUGGGCCCUCCAGUCAAUGUGCCACAGGUCUCCUCCAUGCAAAUGGGUGCAGUGGACCUUCUGGGAGGAGGCCUGGACAGCUUGCUGGGGGGAGACCUGGGCGGAGGUGUUGGGGGAAGUCCAGCAGUGGGACAGAACUUCAUCCCCUCAUCUGUCCCCAGUACUUUUGCUCCAUCACCUACACCAGCACCUCCGGCUGUCAGCAGUGGCCUCAACGACUUGUUUGAGCUCUCCACAGGCAUGGCCAUCACCACUGGAGGCUACAUAGCCCCAAAAGCAGUCUGGCUGCCUGCAGUGAAAGCCAAGGGACUGGAGAUUUCUGGAACCUUUUCUCGCCGCCAGGGUCACAUGUACAUGGACAUGACCUUCACCAACAAGGCCCUGCAACACAUGACCGACUUCGCUAUCCAGUUCAACAAGAACAGUUUUGGGGUGAUCCCCACCAGUCCUCUGCCCAUUCACACUCCUCUGAUGCCCAGCCAGAGUAUUGAGAUCUCUUUGCCUCUCAACACCAUUGGGCCAGUCAUGAAGAUGGACCCACUCAAUAAUCUGCAGGUGGCAGUGAAGAACAACAUUGAUGUCUUCUACUUCAGCGUACUCAUCCCUCUCAAUGUAUUCUUUGUUGAGGAUGGAAAAAUGGAGCGACAGGUGUUCCUGGCUACAUGGAAAGACAUACCCAAUGAGAAUGAGCUACAGUAUCAGAUAAAGGAGUGCCACCUAAAUGCAGACACAGUAUCAGGGAAGCUGCAGAAUAACAACAUCUACACCAUUGCAAAGAGAAACGUAGAAGGACAGGACAUGCUGUACCAGUCCCUCAAGCUAACCAAUGGCAUCUGGAUCUUGGCUGAGCUCCGCAUCCAGCCUGGCAACCCCAACUACACGCUGUCUCUCAAGUGUCGGGCACCUGAGGUUUCUCAGUACGUCUACCAGAUGUACGACUCUGUGCUGAAGAACUGACCUGCUCUAACACUUAACCACUCUGCUUCAUCCUUACAGCAAACAGCAGUGUUUUGUCUUUUUCUGUCACCUGCACAGCUUACUGCCAAAACAAGGGAAUCCAGACAGUAAAUGAUGGAUACGGCAUAAGUUUUGAAUAUUGGAAUAUUUUCCCUCUGAGUGAAUCAAUGAGGCAAAUCUCACCAUACUGUAGUUCUGUAUAAUUUACUGAAGUUAAACAUACUGUUGAUGUUUCCUUUAUUUUGGCAGUUGAAGGCAUUACUGAAUUCUCUUACUAGACUCCCCAUUUCGAUUUUUACUUCCCAGUGAAAACGUGUCUAUCAUUCCAUCCUUAACUUAGUGUCUUAAUGUUGUUAAGAUGUGAUGAUGAGGUGAAACUGUCCUGAGUGGAAAAAAAAUCUCCCCACUUUCCAUGAAGCCAUUGUUUUUUGAUUUUAUUUUAUGCGGUGUGGCUUCUUUUGGUUUGGGUUCAUCUUUGAUACUGGCUUAGCUUCAGUUGUACCCACAUAAUAAUACCAGUGUUAAUUUGUUCCUUUUGUCUUUAAUGUAUGAAGAGUUAAACCAGUAAUGUGUUUUUCUGUUCUACAGCAGGUUAGACUCCUGGAGGUCAUGGUUUACGAUUACUUCCAGAGACAUGCUCAAAAAAAAAAAACAUUAUACAUCAUUGAUCAGCAGAUUUAUUGCUGUUUUUCCUGUCAUGACUUUAGCGCAGCUUGUUGUAUGUAAUAGGAUUACUUACAUAACUUUAGGCAGAAAUGUUACUUGUUCCACCAUGAAUGAAACAUUGCACAAUAAUUGGAAAGCUUUAGGUGAAAUUCCAAAAAGUUGGAAAAAGAAAAUUUAGACCAGAGAUUACAUAAGUAAUAGCAUUUUACUGCUGCUUCCCACCUGUAAAUUAUCUUACCCACAUGAAUGUUUUUCAUUAAUCUGAUGUUUUUUACUCGUGCCAUUUGUGGUCUAUCUGGCAGAGUGAAGGCAUGUAGCGUUGGAUGGCUACAGUGUGCUAAUGCUCUGCAGGUGGUAAAACAGUUCCUGCCGAGGUCUUUAUGACAAAGAUCUCUUUCCAUCAGCCCUCACCACAUGCUGUCUUGAUUGGCACUCCACCUACUGAGAAACAUCUCUAAAUUCAAAAAACAAACAAAACCUUACACCAUGUGGAGCAACUUCAGUGGAACUGCUCUGGCAUAAUAGAGCUAAUUUUUACAUAGUUAUAGUCAAGUCGUGUUAAAGACUGUAGAAUACAUUCAGUGUAGUGAGUAUGUCUGCAGGCUAUGUAAAUGAAGGGAUACAAACCUCCAGUAGAACAGACAGUUAGGAGGCUUCUGACUGGCAAGUAGCGUACAGUACAUUUGUGGGUUUAAAUUCCUGGACAAAAUUGCAAGGUUGCCGUUAUUUUAAACUUGUACGUCUACGCUUAUUAGCUCGGAACCACUACACAAACCACAGCAGCUAUUGUUUAUGUGUUCACACACCAGUGCCACUCCAAUUUAAGAAUGAUAUUUGCUAAUUGAUUUCAAAUGUAUUUUUUUUACAAUAGCCCCAUUUACUGCAACCACAUAGUUGUACACGGCUUUAUUCACCCGUAUUGUCAUUCCUAUUUAUUAUGCAUCUACCUCUGCGUUAAUUUUGCAGUAGCUUCAACCCUGUAAUGUGCUUUAAAUGUUUUUAGCUUUUCUUUUGAUGCCAGUAUUGUUUUUGUAAUCUUCAUGCUUUUGUUGUCAAGCCAGUCUAAACCUGUGGCAAGUCAGCCAAACCAGUCUCACAGGACCAAGAAUUCAAACAAAUUAAAUGCCAAGUUCAUGUUUUAAUACCCUAGUGUCAAUAUAACCUUCUAAUGUUGGUGUUGUGUGUGCUAUAGAACAUUAGAGUGCAUACACACUAAGACCCAGAGUUGCCCUAGUACAUUGUAGUCUAGUGAUGGUGGUAGUUAGUGUAGCUAAUAAAUUAAAUUGUUUUGGUAUUGCCCUGAAAAUGAAAUGAAGCCUUUCCUCUAUCUAUUCAACAGAAAAGGCUUUUUUCAGCGCAUCAGUUGUGUUGGUGACACUAUUUUCAUACAUGAUAUUGUAAAAAUACAUUUAUGUGCCUGCAUGAGCUCACUGUCCAUUUUAUUCUUUUUCAUUUAGGCUGUGGAUUUGCUCCAUUUAAAAACUAAUCUCCCAACUUCAUGUCUCUAUUGUAGAUCUCAUGUUUUUUAAGCAGCAUUGUCUCUAGGACUCCCACAUACAGAAGUCUAUCCAAAACUGUUGCCAGCAAUAGAGAAUUUAUGGAGAGAGCUACCAUACCAUCUUAUGAAAUGGAAUAUUUCUAGCAUCAUUGCUGUAACCCUGUUGUAAAUGAUUUGUUAUUGAAACAGUACCACAUCUUAUGUCAAUAAAUUGUGAAACUCA